AUGUCUCAAGCUGAGGAUGUGUAUGUCCCCAGGUUUGGUUCUCAGCUGGGCUCCAGUCAAACAGAAGAACCAAAGCUUGACACUACCAUGGGCCCGCCCAAGUCCUGCCAGAAAGUGGUCAAGUGCCGGAACAAGAGGGAGAGAGAUGGAAAACCUCGGUUUCUUUUAAUAGUCAAAUUACCAGAAUUCAGCAGUUACAGGUUAGCCAGGAAGAAGGUGACACAGGAGGACCAAACACCUGAAGGAUGGACGUCGAAGCCCGCCGAGAACAGGACCUCUGUGACCACAAGAGGGAGCCAGGGUAUGAGCUUCAAACAGGCACGAGACGCCUCUGUCUCCACCGGCAGAGCAGAGACUGGGACUAAUCGCAGCGGGCGCCACACACCUCAGGAAGAUCCCGUUCAGAGCGUCCCAAACACGGCGUCCUAUCACGAGUCAGCCCCCCCCAACCCCUGGAUCAGGACGCAUCACUGGCUCGAAGGAAAAGCCAUGUCUUCGCCGGAGGACUGGAGAGACGAGUGUCCCACAGUCCAGGCUGAACAGACACUGAAGAGGUGCGGGGCGCAGGUGUCCUGUCUGCCCUUCAGCGUGGAGGCGCUCAUGUCGGACAGGAAGCCGUCGGACAGAGACAAGAGACAUGACGCUUUGAAUGAACAUCAGGAGAUCGGGCCUGAGUUACGCCAGCACUUAGUUUCUGUCAAAAGCGAACCCUCGGAGAAAGGGGACGGUGCGUCUUGGAUUUCCAGCUCCAUGACGAUGUCCACGCCACCCCGGCAGCUCAGUCCACCAGUGUGCUCUUUGAGGAAGCACAAAACCAACCGCAAGCCUCGCACUCCCUUCACCACCACGCAGCUCCUGGCCCUGGAGAGGAAGUUUCGUCAGAAGCAGUACCUGUCCAUCGCAGAGCGGGCCGAGUUCUCCUCCUCCCUAUCGCUGUCUGAGACCCAGGUCAAGAUCUGGUUCCAGAACCGACGAGCGAAGGCCAAGAGGCUUCAGGAGGCCGAGGUGGAGAAACUCAAAAUAGCAGCUGGUGUUGGACACAAGACUGUGCUGCACCCAGGCUUCUCGUCUUUAACCUUUCCCCUCAGUGUUAACAUGCAGGCCGGUGCAGCAGCGCUCUACGGACUGGGCUGCUCGUACAGCUGCAGCCCUGUCCACCCUGCUGCACAUCUGGCCUUGUACACCUCACAGGUCGGAUACAGACUCUUCCACCUCUCCUGA